AUAACUUCCUGUACCGCCAUCAACUACAUUACGCACGGACCCAAACACGGCCUUGACACCUCCUUACUUGAAUCCGCCUCUCUCCCAGUCCCUCUCUAAUAUAUAUAUAUAAUUCUUUUUAUCUCCUCCUAUAUCCAACUUAUCGAACGUUUUUUUCUCCUACUAAUUUUUGUUGUAAUAUUUACACAUACAGAAUUAAUUUUUUGUUUUGCUAUUUUUGAUUCUGCUGAUCUCAAUUGAUUUUCUGUUACUUCCCUCUCGCUUUCUCUAUCUCUUCAAUCGCUUUCUUUGUGUUAAUCUAUCGAAGGAUGCUGAGUAGAUGAUGGUGAUGAAUCAAGGAGUCAAUGCGCAAACCAUAGCUUCGGUGGACCCUAAUUCACGCGAGGGUCGAUAUGUUGUUGAUGCGAACCAAGGGAAGAAAUCUUAUAUUCCCUCAGUUAAUGGAUCUGAAACUGCACCAUGGACCACGCAUAGAGUGGAUAAUCACUCCACAGAGAAUGGAAUCCUUUCAAAUUCCAGUUAUCACCAUGAUCAGCAAACACAGCAGCCUGCAAGAAAUGCUCAAGAUAGUUUGAGCACGACAUCCCUUUCUAGUUCAUCGACUCAAGGAACAACUAAUGUAGUGCAACAAGAUUACAGUAGUUAUGCAGCAUACAACCCUACAGAUCCAUAUGGUUAUGGAAGCACUGGAUAUUCAACAAGUUACUAUAAUAAUGGUUAUCAGCAGCAAACCAACCAUUCAUACUCUCAGCAACAACCAAACCAUUCAUACUCUCAGCAGCAACCUAGCCAUUCAUACUCUCAGCAGCAGCAACCUAGCCAUUCAUACUCUCAGCAGCAACAACCUAGCCAUUCUUACUCGUCGACUGUAGGAGCAUAUCAAAACACAGGUGCUCCUUAUCAGCCUCUUUCCUCAUUUCAGAAUACAGGGUCAUAUACUGGGACAACAAGUUAUUCAACCACUUACUACAAUCCUGGUGAUUAUCAGACAGCUGGAGGUUACCCAAGCAGUGGAUACAAUAAUCAGACUACCUUGUGGAACGAUCCCAAUUAUGCAAAUUAUACAUCUCAACAGUAUUCAACCUAUGCUCCAGAUACAACAAGUGCUUAUAGUUCCGGUACUGCAGCUUCAACAUCAAUGAACAACGAGCAGCACUACAAGCAAUGGGCUGAUUAUUACAGUCAAACAGAAGUUAUUUGUGCUCCCGGGACAGAACACCUGUCUGCUGCUAGCACAUCUAACCAGGGAAGUGCCGUGUCUGGUGUGUAUCCUACUUCCAGCACCCAGCCUCCCUCAUCUUUCACCCCGACAUCUCAGAGGACUGAAUCUGCGUCUUCUGAUUUGCCUUCUUUGCAGACCAGUGCAACUAUCAGUAGUGCUCAUGAUGGCUGGAAACAAGGGGCUCCAAGUUUUCAAAUUCACCAUGCUAGUCCUACGCAACCACACUUUCAAUAUUCUCUUGAUUCAAAAGCUUCAUAUGAUAAUUUUCAGGAACAACAACAGACUGCUCAUCAAGGUCCUAAUUCACAAUUUCCUGCUGCUCAUCAGGUGACCCAGAGUUAUCAAUCACCUCUGCCAAAUGCUCCAUCUUUAGAUACUCGAAGGGUAAACAUGAUGCAGAUUCCAACAAAUCCUAGAAUUGCUUCAAAUUUAGCUUUGGGCUUAUCAAAAACCGAUAAGGAUGGCUCUGUGACCAAUGCAGCAGCAAAACCUGCUUAUAUUAGUGUGUCGAUGCCAAAGCCAAACAACAAAGUGUUGUCCAAUGACACAACUAUUUCCAUGCUUAAGCCUGGAAUGUUCCCUAAGUCACUGUGUCAUUAUGUUGAAAGGGCUUUCGAUCUCUGUAAAGAUGACACACAAAGGAUAGCUUGUCAGGCUAUCAUGAAGGAGAUCAUCACGAAGGCAACUGCCAAUGGUACACUUAACACUCUAGACUGGGAUGCGGAGCCUCUUUUUGCAAUACCAAAUUCUGAGGCUGUCAAUGUGGAGAGUUCACAAUAUUCCACUCCUGUUUCUUCAGUACCGAAGUAUAAAAGGAGUCCAAGCAGACGAUCUAAAAGUAGGUGGGAGCCUUUACCAGAAGAGAAAUCAGUAGACAAAUCUGUUUCCACCAGUAAUGAUAUUGUAAAAUAUGGUGGUUGGGACAGAAAGGCUCCUAGUGCGAAUUCUGAGAGCAAGGAGAAUGCUGUGAAUAAUGUGAAGUUUUCUUUAUCGGAGCAGAAACGUCCAAGCAAAAAUAAUCAGAGGCCAGUUAAGAGGCAACAUCUUGCUGAUGGUUUGGAUGCUGCUUAUAACGAUGCAUCAAGUGACAGUGAUAAGGAGCAAGGUUUAACUGCUUAUUAUUCUAGUGCAAUAUCAAUUGCCAAUACACCAGAGGAAAAAAAGAGACGUGAGAGUCGCUCUAAGAGAUUUGAAAAGGGACAAGGAUAUCAAACUGAAGUUAAUUAUUUCAAACCAAAAAAUACUGGUGCUGGGAACUUGUACAGUCGGCGGGCGAGUGCAUCGAUGCUUAGCAAAAGCUUUGAUGACAGUGGAAGCAAAGCUGUUGAAGACAUUGAUUGGGAUGCACUAACUGUCAAGGGUACCUGCCAAGAAAUCGAGAAACGUUAUCUGCGCCUUACUUCUGCACCUGAUCCCUCCACUGUGAGACCAGAAGAAGUGCUAGAAAAGGCUCUGCUUAUGGUUCAGAAUUCUCAAAAGAACUACCUUUAUAAAUGCGAUCAAUUAAAAUCUAUUCGUCAAGAUCUAACUGUACAACGAAUACAGAAUCAGCUGACAGUUAAGGUGUAUGAAACGCAUGCUCGAUUAGCACUGGAAGCAGGGGACUUGCCCGAGUAUAAUCAGUGUCAAUCCCAGUUGAAAACCCUCUAUGCUGAAGGAAUUGAAGGACGUCAUAUGGAGUUUGCAGCUUAUAACUUACUGUGUGUUAUAUUGCACUCGAAUAACAAUAGAGAUCUUGUAUCAUCGAUGUCAAGAUUAACCGAGGGAACAAAGAAGGAUAAAGCUGUUAAACAUGCUCUUGCAGUUCGUGCAGCUGUCACUUCAGGAAACUAUGUAAUGUUCUUCAGACUUUAUAAGGAGGCGCCUAACUUGAACACUUGCCUUAUGGAUCUCUAUGUUGAAAAGAUGCGGUACAAGGCUGUGAGUUGCAUGUCCUGGUCAUAUCGCCCUACAAUACCAGUUUCCUACAUUGCACAGGUUCUGGGCUUUUCUAGUGCGAGUGAUGGGAAUGAUGAGAAGGACUCAGAUGGGUCAGGAUUAGAGGAGUGUGUGGAAUGGAUGAAGGCCCACGGUGCUUGCCUUACCACAGAUAACAAUGGAGAGAUGCAGCUUGAUACAAAGGCUUCAUCUUCCAGUCUAUAUAUGCCAGAACCUGAAGAUGCUGUGGCCCAUGGAGACGCUAACCUGGCUGUUAAUGAUUUUCUGACACGGACAUCCUUGUAGCCAAGGUGAUUUACAUUGAUAACAUAGUAAGGAAAAACUUGUGCCGCCCUCAACAAUAUAUUCGUACAACCAGGAACGCGGGGUAUUAUCUGGGCCGAGGAGUUUAGUUCAAGCCUGUGGAGGUUGGCUGUAACAUUAGAGAGGGUAGAUCAUUGGUGUAUAGAGUUGGAACAGACGAUGAAAUAGGGCGCACAAAUUCCCCUUAGAAAUGAUUUGCCUAGGGUUGCUUAGAGCUCUGAGCUGGCACGAUAACUUGUGACUAGAUUGUUUGCUUUCUGUAACAAUGAUUCAUUCUUUAUUGGGGAAGAAAGACAUGGCAUGUUAAAAAUACUCGAAGAGGAAGGAAAUAAGAAACAUGAGUUUUGUUGUGUGUUGUA